CCGGCGACUGCAAAUAUGAAGGUGUUCGCUUUUCUCUUGUUCGCUGGAGUUUCUCUUGCACACUAUCGAGGUGGUCGAGAAAGACAGAAGGGUAACUACCUAACGGAGCCUCAUAAGAAACCCAAUUCUGUACGAAGUAAAUGUAACAUCUUAUAGCCAAUCAGAGUCGCACACUGUCUCCCCUGUCUCGGAUGAACUAAAGCCGCUCCUGGAACGACCAAUCAAGUUUGAAUACAAAGAGGGAAAAGUUGGUGAGAUCUUCUGUAAUGACGAUGAGCCGGAGUACAUUUUGAACAUCAAGAGAGGAAUCCUUUCCAUGAUCCAUCAUAACUUUACCAAGCCUGAGUCUUCAUUAAAUCACGGUGAACCAAGACUAUACAGGAACUGGGAGUUCAGCUCUCGUGGUUUGUGUGAAAAUCUGUAUGAUGUGCGUCACAACACACUGGAGACCAACACACUCAAAGAAUUGCAAAUCACAAAGACCUUAAACCUGCACAACUGCACUGGAAAACCCCGCGUGUUUUCAAACGUUCCAGGUGUGCGAUGUCUCAGCGAGAACUGCAGCGUCAUUGAUGAGCCCCUACAGAUCUCUGUGUCAACUUCAUGUGAUCUUUUUGGAACCGAGGAACAAUUUGUGGUGAAGAAGUGUAGAACAAUGGGAAGAUAUAUUUUUGCACCAACACAGAUGAAAGGAAACGCCAGAACUUUGACUAAGCAAUACCUGAAGUUCAAGGAAGAGAAGUUUGGAUCACAAACUUAUAACGUUAAUGGCGUCACCGCUAGAACAUUGGAAAUGACUUUGGAUGACGGGGAGAAGAAACCAGAAGAUGAGGCACAACGCGAUCAAACUGCAACCAUGGUGAAAAAGGUGAUCAACGACUUGAUCAAGAGUGUGGAGGAGAAUAAUUGGAUGUCUUGGCAGUUCAGCCGUUUGGUGGAAACAUUACGUAGGGCUUGCAAGAAAACUCUUAUCAAGAUCUGGAACGACUGCUACAAUGACGAGAAACACAGGCAAUGGCUGCUGGAAGCUCUGCCUUAUGUCUAUAAGGAGGAGGUCUUUGAACUCAUCGCGGAGAAAAUCGGGAAAAGAGAACUGGACACUGGGAUGGCAGUGUCACUUAUUCGUGGUCUAGCAUUAACUCCUAAUCCAACAGAAAAUAUGUGCACAACUGUUUUGGGUCUGUGUUCUCGUUCUGUUGUCCAAGAAGACGAAACUCUGAAAAAAACCUGCCACCUUACCGCUGGUACCUUGAUGCACGACUACUGCAAAGACAAUGACGUCACGUGCCUUGCCGAUAAAGUGACUGAGAUAAAGAGUCGUUUGCAGUCUGCCAAUUAUCGUGAGAAGAUUUUCAUCUUGAAGGGCAUCGGCAAUUUCGGUCAUAGAGCCUUUUACAGACCUCUCUUGGAAAUCAUCAAGGACAACCACAACUCUCUGGAAUUACGCAUCACAGCUGUGUAUGCUCUAAGGAGAAUCGCUCCGAAAAUUUCACAUAAGGUACUACCAGUGUUGUUAGAGAUCUUCCGUCAACCAAACAGCGACGCCGAACUGCGCAUGGCCUGUUUCGUGAUCAUUUGCGAUUGCAAACCUGGUCCAGCGGUGUUCAACUUGGUAGUCAAGCAGCUCUAUUACGAACGCACCAAUCAAGUGCGAUCUUUCGUGGUGUCUUUUAUCAAAGGGAUGGCUUUCUCUAGAUACCCCUGUGACGAAAAAAUGGCUCAUACCGCACGAAUCGCUCUUCGAAUCGCUCUUCGAGCACUAAAGAGAUACAAGAUAAACCCAGUGAGCUCCAAAUGGCUACACUUUGGCGAUUUCUCCGAUCUUCUCCAGAUGGGAAGUUCAGCUGAUCUUCGCAUGAUUUCCACGCCAUCAAGCUUCAUCCCGAGAGCCAUUAACUCUAAAGUCAAGCUACACACCGGAUUGCUUGGAAAAUCUCUGAAUCUGUUUGAGACUGGCAUCCGUGGUGAGGGAAUCCAAGAACUGCUUCAACGUGUUAUGGGACCGAGAGGUCACUACAGCGGAGAGAAGAGUUUGUUUAGCUUGCUCAGGCCGAAAAGAAGUUUGGACAAUAGUCAGAAAGAAAUCAAUGAAAUCCAAAACCAGCUGCCAAUCACUGAACAUGAAGAGGAGAAAGCCAAAGGUUCCUUCUACUUCAAAGUUUUUGGAAAAGAAUUGUUCUAUAACUAUUUCACCUAUGAUGACGUCAAAGAGUUAAUUGAAGACGGAGUCAUCAGAUUUAGCAACGACCUAAAGGACCUGCUGAAGAAAGGUAAAAACUGGAAUAUCACCAAAGUACUCCGUCCGAUUGAAGUGAAGAUACGCCAGCCCUCGUGCGUUGGUCUGCCCCUGGAUUUCUCUGUGGACAGCGUUUUAUUCCUGCGUUUGAACACCACAGUAAAAGCUGAGGUUCAUCCGAGAUUCUUUAUUCCUCUUCCCGAUCAAGUCACUCUUAGCGGAAAAUUGAACAUCAGUGUUCUUCAUUCCAUGUGGGGAAAAAUGAAAGUAAGUCUCCCUCAGUUGGAGACUGGUAGCAAGCUAAAGAUCCACACCAACAUCACCACUGGGUUAGGUGGCAGAUUCCAAUGCAACCUCAAAAAUCAGAGCUACACCACAGAGAUGGACCUGCCGCAUGAGAGACAAGAGAUUUUGUCAACUUACAAAAAGAGCAACACCUGGCUGAUGUACAGAAAACCUGUCCAAGGAUCCAACGAUUGGUCUUCACUUUACAGAAGCUCAGAGCUGGACGGAUUUGAGAUUGGAGAAGUUACUGAGAUUAGCAGAGGACAUCAUCAUCAUCGCUAUGCCAACUGGACUCUGAGGGCAGGCAAUGGAAAAUACUUGUCUGUGAAUGAGGGAAAUGAACUCAUCUUAAGCGAACAUCCCACUGUCUUCAAAGUCUUUUUCAUCGACGGAAAUCAUCAAUUUGUGAAACUUUUUGUCACCGGAAAGGGAUUCGUAAAGGUGAGGCCAAAUUCCAAAGGUUGUUUAGAGACCGCAGAUGAUGCGCGCUAUCCCAAGCUCUUUAAGAUCACAUUCGUGAAUGGUCGCCGCCAUGUUCGUCUUGCGACAGUUGUGUAUAUUCACCAUGAUGCAUCCAAGAACCCUGUAGAAUGGACCCGCACAACUGUACCUAUGAACACAGAUCAAGUCACGUUAUUCCAACACAUGAUCGAAGAUAUUGAGCCACAGAAGGGAUAUGAGGAAAAAUGGCGCUAUAUCAGUGACUUGCCCUUGGAUUUGUCCUCGGAUAAUGUUGCGGAGAAUGACGGACUGCAUCCACAUCACAUGAAGAUCGUGUUUGUUACAUCUGUGGCAGGCAAGCUAUGUUUGAGGCCAAACCGAACUGAGGAAUCUGUGUUCUCUGUAAGGAGACAUCACACAAACUCGAGCGAACUGUGUUAUGGCAGGCAAAUCCUUGGUUUCGAUGUGUGCUUGAGUGGCAGAUACAUUGCGCCACACACUCUCCAUCCCCCUGCCUUCCCGUUCUGCGGUCCAGCCAGACUCGACAUCUCCGUCCAACCAAGCAGAAAUCCAGCUCAGAAAAUCCAAUUCAAGUUUGGCAAAGGAGAUCGAUUCGAUGAACACCACAAGACAUGGAGGGCCGGAAUUUACCUUCAAGGCACAAACCCCGAGAAAAAAAUUGAAGCUGACGUAGACUAUAACGUCGAUAAUCAGAGGACUGACGUCACCGUCGAUAUCCAUAACAUGUAUCCAUGGCUCAAGAAAGUUUGCAUCAUCAACCAAGUGACCAGUGAUAAUGUAAUGGAGUUUGACUUGAGAUUUGGUGAAAAUUGCCUCAGUGAUUAUGAAGUGCAGACCCGCAUCUCCAUCAAAGAACCAAGUCGCAGACAAUUGAACAUCGUUACUUCUUACAACAAACUGCCAGAACCAGUCUUAAUGAUGUGCUACAAUCUUCUGAAAAAGUUUGCCCAGCGCUACUAUCACAGACUUAGCGAUUGGGAAUUUGCUAGGAACGAGAAGAACGAAGUCGAAUUUGUUGUGAAAUUUAAAACUGACCAACUUGUCGAUCUCCAACUUCAUACACCUUCCCACACGAUGAUAAUGGAAGACGUCGAGUUCAAGAGCGAUGGUUUCAUUCCUCGCGGAUCCAAUUACUACAACACAUUUCUACACUUGUCCUCUCCGGUUUGCACCGUGGACCAUGACACUUUAAAAACCUUUGAUGACGUCGAGAUCCAAUACUCGUUACCAGACCGUUGCAUGCACGUGCUGGCCAAAGACUGUACGAAGAACAGCUCCUUUUUAGUUCUCAUGUCCAAAGAAACCCAACACUCAGAUGACAAGAUCAUUGAAAUAUUUGUCGAGAAGGAAAAGAUACGAAUCGAACGUUUGAAAGGAGGAUAUCAGAUUCAGGUGAACGGAAAGGUCCAACAAAACCGGCCAAUCCGCCACAAGAACAUCGCCACCAUAACCGAAGAACCAGCGAGUGGCAGACUUCAUGUGUUGUGCGAUAUUGGCCUUCAAGUUGAGAUCGUGCGUGGAAGCAAAAUUGAUGUCCGUGUAUCGCGAUACUUUUUCAACCGAACGUGUGGAAUGUGUGGCGACUGUAAUGCUGAACAGUUCCAUGACCUGAAAACUCCACAAGGCAAAUUAUUCACCAGCUAUGAUGAUCUGAAGUAUGGUCAAAUGUGGAUGGUGCCAAUGAAAACCUGCACUAAAGGUGGAUGUGAUCUCAAGAAAGAAUACUCCAAGAUCACAAGAACCAUCGACGGCAAGACCUACUACUGCUACCCUACUACCCCAGUCCUCCGCUGUCAUACUGGUUGCCAGGCUACCAAGACCAAGAUGACAUCAUUCCCAAUGACUUGCGUGGUUGCUGAAACUAAGCAGUCAGACAAAAUAUUGGAUAGUUUGGGAAAACCUAGUUUGGAUUUGACCGGAAGUAUCGUGUACUUCAGGGAAGUUCUGGAAGAAGAAAUAGAAUGCGAAUGCAACCAUUGUCUCCAGUGAGCAUUCAUUCUCAAGGGAAAUUUACCAGGUUACCAGGAAGCGAAACGGACCGUUAUCAAGGAAGUGAUUUCAAUGUUCACAAAAUUGUUAGCUUUUAUCAUUGAUUACUAGGAAAGAAAUUGUCUAAUAACCUCGCGAGAUCAAACAUUUUUGAGUUUUUUUUAUUUUAUUUUUUUCCUUAAAGGGGCAGCUUUUUAUAUCAGUUUUAAAUAGUUGCAGCAACGUUUCUCUUUUAUAAAGAGUUCACACGCCGUAACAGGAUUAUGUAGUUGAUAACACUUUGAGUUGUAGAUUUUUUCUUUUUUUUUUGUCACUUCCGUUCAAGUGUUUGUCUCUAUCUUUCUUUCAUUUUCUUUUUGUUUCGAUAGUUUUUAAGUAUACCAAUAAACAAUCAAUAGGGGACGAAAAUCAAUAAAUGAAGCAUUAACGUA